UCGAUCCUUGAACACUUUGGCUCCGUCCAUCAGCUCAAUAGUGUGCUUCUCCAGACUGGUGGUACCUAAGCCAUCCCUCUCGAAAGUCAAGAACUGCUGCUUGAUCUCCUCCAGCUCUUGUUCCUCGGCCUUGGAAAGCGUCCAGGACUCGGGAUCGGGUUUCUCCUCAUCGUCAUCCUCGACCUCCGCGUAGUGUUCCAUCUCCCUGGCGUGUAAUUCUUCGGCCUUCUUCACGCCUUCCGAAUCGAUGUGGCCUAUAAUCGCUGGGGCCAGUCCGAAUGCUUGCCAAAAAUCCACUCCAAAAUAAGCUGGCUGCUCCAGAGGCCGUACGGACUGCGGAUAAGUACUUCUGGACGGGCACAUCCAAGGCCUCGACCAGCUCUCUGCCACCUUUUCCAAGCAGACUCACACUCGCUCCAGUGUCCAACAACCCCGUCAGUUGCUUGGUCAGAACUCGGACUGCGGCGAACGGUCUGGGAUCUCGCGAUAAACUGCGCCUCACGGCGGCCACUGCUUCGCGUCGGCAGUUCCGACGUUUGCGAAAUCGGUCCCUGGCCUUUUGCACCUUGCGAGACACCAUACGCAUCCCGCCUAACUGGUGCUCUGAGAAGAUCCUGUUCCUGGUCUCAAGAUACCGCCGCAUCCUCUCCGCAUAA